UUUUUUUUUUUUGUAAACGUUUGUGAAAUGGUUUUUAACAAGGGAAUUUUGAUGCUUGCCAUCAUCGCUUUAACCAGUAUUUUUGAAGCCACGUGUCUACUUGAGGAUAUAAAAAAUGACUUUUUUAACUUAGCAUCGAAAAAUAGGUGUGGAAAAAAUGAAUCCGAUGCAGAAUUUGAUCAUUUACUCCAUUCGUCAAUGAAAAAAUUUGAAGAAUGUGAAACUGAAGCUAUUUCCUUGGCAUUAUCUGAACGUGGAGAGAAUGCAAAAGCUCCACAUCACUUUGAUUUUCUACUAUUUUGUGAUGCUUCGCCUCGUUUAAUCACAUGUUUUAAAAACUUUUCAAACAGUGUACUCUUUUGUGGAAAUCAAUCACUGGUUGAAAGAAAUUUAUUUUUUUCAGCACUACGUUCCUUUACUGGUUAUUUGUGUUCAGAGGAUGCAAAAAGAAUUGCUGUCUUGGUGGAACAAUCAGUUUGCAUUACAGAAAGCUUCCAUGAUGCUGAAUGUUAUACUGAAAUAUUUUCGCGACCAGUGAGCUAUCUUCUAAAGGAUAUUAUCAAUGAAACUUUUUUUUCAACAGUUGGAAAAUGUAUAUUGAGUACUUUAGAUCAAUGCCCAAGCACUGAUCCAUUCUUUUCACCAUCAGUUAGUGCUAAAAAAUUUUUUACUGUUUUGAAAAAUUCACCUGAUUUCAUGUAUUUUCUUUCCAAUAUCCAAGAAUGA